CCCCAGCUUGCCUACAGUCUGAGACUGCAGAUUUCAUACAGAAACCAGAUGUUGCCGGGUUUGGCAGUGGCGCUAUAUAAUUGCUUUGGUGAUUUUAAUCUGUCGUGGAGCACAGCCUGCUGAUGAGAUGGGAUGGAAUGUGUGUCAUGGAAUAAAGGGAAAACCCCUCAGAUACUGGAGGAGAAACAUCAAGACUGCAGAGUGUUGGGUUACGGAGAAUAAUCAGGCAGGACCUCAGGGUCCUAACUGUUCCCUGUCAUUAUGUUGACUCAGUGAAUGGAAACAAUCCGGUUGGAAAUAAUCCAUAAAACCUCCGCAUGGAUGAUCAGUAUUGUGAAAUCCUCACAGGAUGCUGUGUGGCGCUUUCUGAUCUCUGAGAUCCUGAGGGAGAAAAAUAAAGAUAUAUGGGAAAAGAGUGGUAAAUAAAAUCAGCCUUUGUAGACAUCAGAGGGAAAUAGGUUCAGUGGGACACAAUGAGGAGAAUUCAUAUAAAAGGAGAUGUUCUGUGCACACUGCUCAUGCUGGGGCUACUCUGUCUGAUGUUGUAUGCCCACCAAGGCUUCACUUCCACUUGGGACACCUGGCACUUAGAGCAGGGCUGUACAAGCUCCCGCGCUCUUUUAGGGGCCCCACCAGAGAGCCAUGUAACUAAACGGGUCCCUUCUACGCCCCCAGACAAGACAAAGUGCCAGUCUGCGCCUCAGUCCCAUUCUAAGUCUCAGACACAUCCCAAGUCCAAACUUCAGUCUAAAUCCAAACCUCAGGCCAAGACCAAAUCUAAAUCCAAGUCAAAGAAAGAUGAGGGGACAAAGGCUGUUCUGGUUUUACCCACACAACCUCCUUUUGACUUUGAGGGUUACCUGAGGGAUAAGGACAACCGGGACUUCAAACUGCUGAUGGACCAGCCAGGGAAGUGCUCAGGCGAGCUCUACAUGCUCAUUGCUAUCAAGUCAGUAGUGGCAGACUUUGAAAGGAGGCAGGUAGUGCGGCGCACCUGGGGAAGAGAGGGUGUGUUCCAGGAUGGGCAGACAGUAAAGACUGUAUUCCUCCUUGGUGUACCCAGGAACAAGUCCACCCUGCCUUUAUGGGACCGGCUCCUUGCCUACGAGAGCCACACCUUUGGGGACAUUCUCCUCUGGGACUUUGAUGACUCAUUUUUCAACUUGACACUUAAAGAGACCCACUUCCUCCAGUGGGUGAAUGACAGCUGCUCCAAUGUCCAGUUCAUCUUCAAAGGUGACGCUGAUGUCUAUGUAAAUAUAGAGAACAUUCUGGAGAUGCUGAAGGGUCAGAAGCCUGAUAAGGACCUCUUUGUGGGUGACAUCAUCCACCAUGCCCACCCCAUCCGCCGGCGCAGCAGCAAGUACUUUGUGCCUGAGUUUGUGUACGGCCAGACUAUGUAUCCGUCAUAUGCAGGAGGGGGAGGCUUUGUGAUGUCUGGUCACACCGCCAGGCGGCUGAGUGGAGCGUGUCAGCAGGUAGAACUAUUCCCCAUUGACGAUGUGUUCUUAGGUAUGUGCUUACAGAGAAUUGGAGUGAAACCGUCACACCAUGAGGGUUUUCGUACAUUUGGCAUUGUGCGCCCCUCUGCUGCUCCCCACCUCCAGGUGUUUGACCCUUGUUUCUACAGGGAGCUGAUGGUGGUACACAGCCUGACAGUGCCACAGAUCUGGCUCAUGUGGAACCUGCUGCAUGACCCCCAACUGAGCUGUCACAGUAAACUGGCCCCCACCCUGUGGCCCUUCAAGUGGAGGGGCAAGGUACUCGGGACAACAGGACAGAAGGACUCAAAGACUACAGUGGAACAGGACUAUGAUGUUAAAGUGUUUGUAAAGCAUUGAGGGGUUUGUGUUAUGUUGAUCAGAGGGACUACACUGUGAAAGCCAUUGGGAUAUGGAAGCUGUGAAUGAAUGUUUGGUACAGUUAUUUUUAGGCAAUUCAGUGGUUUUUGCUUAAAAGUUUACAGCCAUGAUAAAUGUACCCUUUUUCUAAGAAGAAAAUCCUGUUACCUUUUUCUUCAUAAACAUCCUGGAUGUAUAACCAGCAAAGCUCAAUGCAUCAACUGUAGCUGUGGCAGGAAGUCCCCAAGGGACCUCAUUACAUAGUUCCACACUCUGGGGGAACUUUCCUAGAAACGUUCCAGCAGAGGUAUAAACCGUUAUAUAAAGAAACAGUUUACACCUUCAUGAAUGUUAUGUGCACAGCACCUACUUUUUUAGUUCACAGAUACACUGAAGACGACAAUCACCAAGCAACAAACCAAAGGUCAGAGUAAAUAAAGCCUGAACAGUUAAGAUGGGUGGGUGGUGUGCUAUCAUUUACAAUACUUCUGAUAAUCAGAUAUAAUACAUGCUGUUUCUUUUUCAACUUGUAUGUUCAGCUAUACCUCCAACUGUAGUCCAAAUGCCUUCUUUACACUACAUGCUGUUGAUA